CAACAGUCAGUACAGUGUAUCGUACGAUCGCCAACGACAGUGGUGCGUGUUUUUUUGUGGUCGCUCAAGCGCGCGCAUUUAGUUCGGACGGUUUCCGAUUCGAGUUUGAUUUGAUUGCUAAACUUUUAAAGUGGCGCCGGUAAAUGGUUUAUAAACCAAACUCUCAAUAAUUUCGUUCUCUUCUGGAGUACCCUCACCAACUAUCUUUUAACACUCGCAUCACACACAUAUCCAUUUAACUCGAAAACUCGCACAGCUACAUAUAAGUUAACUAUGGAUCGCAGAGGACUAAGUACAGCAUUUGUAAGCCCAUUUGGUCAGCGGCCCUGGAUGGCGAAUACUGGCGCAGCAGCGCCCUCCGCCGGUAAUAAAGGUGUGAAGGGUAUUGUGGCUGGAGGUAUCACGGGCGGAAUUGAAAUUUGCAUAACAUUUCCCACCGAGUAUGUGAAGACACAAUUGCAGUUGGAUGAAAAAGGUGCUAACAAAAAGUAUAAUGGUAUUGGCGACUGCGUUAAGAAGACUGUAAAAUCAAAUGGUUUCUUUGGUUUAUAUCGCGGCUUGAGCGUUUUAUUGUACGGCAGCAUUCCCAAGUCUGCGGCACGAUUUGGCGCCUUCGAAUUCUUGCGUAGCAACAUGGCCGGCUCAAAUAAUCAGCUCAGUAAUUCGGGCAAACUCUUGUGCGGCCUUGGCGCUGGUGUUUGUGAAGCGAUUUUAGCUGUUACACCCAUGGAGACUGUCAAAGUGAAAUUCAUCAAUGACCAGCGUAGCGCAAAUCCACAAUUCCGUGGCUUCUUCCAUGGUGUCAGCACGAUUGUAAAACAAGAAGGUUUUGGCGGUGUGUAUAAGGGUCUUACACCAACCAUUCUUAAACAAGGCUCGAAUCAAGCUAUACGUUUCUUCGUUAUGGAAUCGCUGAAAGAUCUCUACAAGGGUGACGAUCCCAACAAGAAUGUACCCAAACUGGUGGUAGGCGCUUUUGGUGCAGUGGCUGGUGCUGCUUCAGUGUUUGGCAACACACCGCUCGAUGUGGUGAAAACACGCAUGCAAGGUCUCGAAGCGUCCAAAUACAAGAAUACAGCCGAUUGUGCUUUGCAAAUUUGGCGCAACGAAGGUGUGACUGCCUUCUACAAAGGUACAGUGCCACGACUGGGUCGUGUUUGCCUAGAUGUAGCCAUAACCUUUAUGAUCUAUGAUUCAUUUAUGGAAUUGUUUAACCAAGUUUGGAAAUAAUAAGUAACGAUAAUUAACGGAAACUAGUGACAUUCACGAAAUUACAUACAUACAUAUGUAUGUACUUCUGCAUAGGUAUGCUUAGUUGUUGUAAAUCUGUACUAGAAAUCAUCUGUGCCCAUAUGUGUAUGUCAUAAUUUUUGCUGAAAUGCGCCUACCUAUUAUUAUACAUAUGUACUUUCAUAUGUACUACAUGGAUAUGCACAUAUGUAUAUAUGAGCAUGUUUUUUUUUUUUUGUAAAAAGAGAGAAUCCAAAUGAACAGAAUUUAAACAUUUAUUUUAAUGGAAAUUUUUUAAAUAAGUAAUAUACAACAACAUUAUUUCCUAGUCAAUUAAUCGAGGAAACGUACAACAAAUUAUAUUUUGAUAGCAUUAAGUAAAUAAAAAAAAUGCAUUUUCGACAAAUGAUACAUGAAUUUAUCCACAAGAGAGUCAAUCUUAACAACAUACAUAUGUAUAUAUAUAUAUAUUACUAAUUAAAGCGAAAUACUUAUAUAUUUACAUAUACAUAUACCUAUGCAUGCAUUUAGUCAAAAAAUAAUUGUACUUGGUUACUCGAUACAUUCUAGGAGUUUCUUUUUUAGAAAUUUACUUCUGUACAUUCUACUGUACAGUGUGGCACGCAUUUGUACAUCCCAAUUAUUUAUAUGAUGUAAAUUUAAUUGAAGACGCAUUUACUUAAAAAAUUGUAAAACAAAUGACACUUAAUGUUGCAUAAAUGUAAAGUUACAAAAAAAA